CAGACUGUUUCCGGUGUGUAACCGGCAGCUGGAGUGUGUCUGUCGUUUACUGUUGGAGAAAACUUUAAAGAAAAGAUGAACGCGCUGCUGCGGCGGGUCGGAACAUGGAGAGGGUUCCAUGUAUCAGCGCCGGCGGCGACCUUUGACCUGAGGAAAGUGGAACUGACGCCUCUGGAGCAGCGAAAACUCACCUUUGACUCCCACGCCAUGGUGACGGAGCUGGAGAGCAGCGGUUUUGAGAAGCGUCAGGCGGAGCUGAUAGUCUCAGCUCUGGUUACCUUGACGACAGCAAACAUGGACAUCGUUUAUAAAGACAUGGUGACCAAAUCACACCAGGAGAUCGCGGUGCAGCAGAUCUUCGCCCACCUGGACUCCAUCAGGAAGGACAUGGUGAUCCUGGAGAAGAGCGACUUCGCCAACCUGCGAUCUGAAAACAGCAAAAUGAAGCGGGAGCUGGAGCAGCUGCAGAACAGACUGAAGGAGGAGAGUCAGAAACUCCGAGCAGAAACCAAACUGGACAUCAACCUGCAGAGCAGCAGGAUCUCAGACAUGUUCACGGAGCAGGAGAAGAAGCUGAUGGAGGCGAGUACGGAGUUCCAUCACAAGAAAGCCGACCUGGAACACGACAACAUGGAGAUCAACAAGAAGAUCGACCUGCAGGUGGCGUCACUCAAAACAGUGCUCGAGUCUCUGAAACUGGAGACGAUCCGCUACCUCGCAGCGACGGUGUUCUCCUGCCUCAUCAUCGCUCUGGGUGUCCACCGCCUGUGGAGGUGAACCGGCUCGUCUGACUUGUCUUGAGACUAGACAAAAACUAGUUCCAGUGCAAACAGACUGAAAACGUGUUGCUGCUACAAAACCCUGUACUCUGUAGUACUGGAGUAAAACACAGUUACUUCAAAUAGUUUUACUGCAGUACUACAGAGUACAAAUACUCUGACAUAUGUUUGCUCCAGUACUAUAGAGUAUACAUACUCUGACAUAUGUUUGCUCCAGUACUACAGAGUACAAAUACUCUGACACAAGUUUUACUCCAUUACUACAGAGUACAAAUACUCUGACAUAUGUUUUGCUCCAGUACUACAGAGUACAAAUACUCUGACAUAUGUUUGCUCCAGUACUACAGAGUACAAAUACUCUGACAUAUGUUUUACUCCAGAACUACAGAGUACAAAUACUCUGACAUAUGUUUUACUCCAGUACUACAGAGUACAAAUACUCUGACAUAUGUUUGCUCCAGUACUAUAGAGUAUACAUACUCUGACAUAUGUUUGCUCCAGUACUACAGAGUACAAAUACUCUGACACAAGUUUUACUCCAUUACUACAGAGUACAAAUACUCUGACAUAUGUUUGCUCCAGUACUACAGAGUACAAAUACUCUGACACAAGUUUUACUCCAUUACUACAGAGUACAAAUACUCUGACAUAUGUUUGCUCCAGUACUACAGAGUACAAAUACUCUGACA